AUGGACCGCAAGACAAGCUCUCAACCAGUCGACGAAGGCAAGAUUUUGACCUACGAGGAGAAUCACGCACCGGAAGUUGUCACAAGAUACGACGACUAUCCCACCCCUAUCUCCUCUGCUUACAACGGGGGCGAGAAAUCCUUCUACGCCCCUCAAUAUGCUCAAUAUUCGCAACACCCAUCCCAGCAACCUACUACCCCGGAGAAAAGGAUUUGCGGCCUGAAGCGAACGACAUUUUUUCUCGCAGUCACUCUCGCUGCGGUCAUCAUCAUUGCAGCAGUUGGUGGUGGGGUUGGUGGCUCGAUGGCAGUACAGCGAGCAAAAGAACAAGCGGAAGCAGAUUCGAAAGCGACGGCUGUUCUACAGGCCUCCAAUAUUCCUCUUCCCACGAGCGCGAUCACUACUUCGGGUUCAUUGACUUCAACGACUACCGCCACGUCCGAUUCCACUACCACUGCUGCCAGGGGCGCUUCCAUUUCUAUCCCGACCUCAGGGCUUUUGACGAGGGACUCGUUGCAAAUCAACUGUCCAAACUUGACGGGCAAGACGAGUGCUGUAUCGUUGGGGGGAAAGCAGACGAACUUCAACACGGAGUGUAACGUGGACAACACAGGAGACGACGUCGACAUUCUGACGCUGGUUGCGUACACGCUGGACACCUGCAUGUUGGCAUGCGCAUCGUACAACAGCAAGAAUUCGAAUGCCAGCGCUAAGUGUAUCGGGGUGCAGUUCAACGGACUGCUCGAGACGAUGACCAGCUUGUACGGGGGCAACUGCUUCUUGAAGAAGGACACGGGCAAGAAGGAAACUACGACACAGACGUCGUCCUCGACUAUCAAACAGUACAACAUGCACCUGGCUGCCAUGUUGAGUUGA